AUGAGUUAAACUAAUCUUCCAUAAAAGAAAACGGUCUUACCGCCUACAUUAUGGAUAAGACCUGGUCAGGUGUGCUGGGUAGGCAAUUAUGAUAUCUAAAAGAAAGAAGUCACCAAUUAUUUUGCUGCUUUUAUUUAGACUUCUAAUCAUUCUUUAUAAAAUGCCAGAGUAAAGUACUUGGAUAAUAUUGAUGCUCCAACUGAAGUAGCUAUGAAAUUUAUACUAAUGAGAAGCGAUGAUAACAAAAUAAAUUUUAAUUCUAUGGAUAAUUUGAUUAAUUUGCCUAUAUUAAACGAAGCUGAAUUGAUUCAAUGUAUUAAAAUUAGAUUUUAAAAUAAUCAGAUAUUUUCAUACGUAGGAUAAACGCUUAUAAUUGUUAAUCCAUUUAAAGAUAUAUUUGAUUUGUUUAGCAAUGAAAUCAUUGAAAAUUUUAAACAUUGUGCCAGAAAACGUGGUUUUAUACUAAAACAGGAGUAGCCUCACAUUUAUGCAGUGGCUGCUCUUACUUAUAAUCAGUUAUUUGAAUACUAUAAAUCUUAGGCUAUUGUAAUUAGUGGUGAAAGUGGUACAGGCAAAACUGUAAACACUAAAUUAUGUAUGAAAUUAAUAGUACAAAUGAGCUCAUAAAAAUAAAAUACAAAUUAGCAGAGUCACCAACUUGAAUAGUAGAUUAUUAAUUGCAAUCCUAUCCUAGAAGCGUUUGGCAAUGCCAAAACUAUUAAAAAUGAUAAUAGCAGUAGAUUUGGUAAAUUUGUUAGUAUUUUUAUUGACAUGAAGCUUGAAAAAAUUAUGGGUGCGAGAACAUAAAGCUAUCUGCUAGAAAAAUCAAGAGUUAUUUCAUAAUCCAAGGAAGAAAGAAAUUAUCAUAUUUUUUAUAGUUUAAUGUAUUCUAAUGAUUCAGAACUUUUACAAUCCCUUGGUUUGAAAGAAAAAAAUUAAAAAGUGAAUUUGACCAAAUUUAAUUAUCUUAAUAAAUCAGAUUGCUACACUGUAAAUACCAUUAACGAUGAAACAUCAUAUUUUGAUGUAUGCUAAGCAUUAAGCACUCUAGAGAUUGACACUAUAGAUCCUAAGUAUAUAUGGCAAAUUUUAGCUGCAAUUUUGCAUUUAGGAAAUUUAGAAUUCGAUGAUAGAUACGCUGAUAGUAAUUCAGAUUAGCCCUGCUAAAUUAUACAAAGUGGCAGCUCCACAUGUGAGAAUAUAUCUAGCUUUCUAGGAGUGCCACUUGAAAAAUUGAAAGAAGCUUUGCUGAAAAAGAUCAUUAGAGUAGGUAAUAAAGAGCCUACAACGUCUUCUAAGCAAAAAAUAGAUGUUAUUUCUCACCUGCAUUCGUUAUCUAAGGAUUUAUAUGACAAACUGUUUUUUUGGCUUAUUAAAAGAAUGAAUGAUAAACUGAUGCAACUCUCAGAAAAAGAAAUCCAAAUAAGAACUAUGUAAAAUGAAAUGAAGCAAAUAGGAUUAUUAGAUAUAUUUGGUUUCGAAGUAUUGCAAAAUAACUCAUUUGAAUAGCUUUGCAUCAAUUAUGCCAAUGAAGUUCUUUAGUAGCUUUACAUCGAAUAUACUUUCAAAGCAGAAUAGGUAGAAUUUGAAGAAGAGGGUCUUCAAGACGAGCUCAGUCAAAUUCCCUUUUCUGAUAACAACGAAGUAAUAAACUUACUUGAUAAGCCUCCUUUCGGACUUUUUCAUUAAAUUGAUGAAAAUUGUUCUCUUGCUACAGCAGGAGAUGAUGGUCUUUAUAAUAAAAUAAAAGAUUAGCACAAAACAAAUCAGCUUUUGAUAGUCCCAACAAUUAAAAGCGAUAAAUUCACAAUUUAGCAUACUCCUAGAUAAGUUUAAUACUCAAUCUUAGGCUUUAGAGCAAAGAACAAAGAUGAAAUGAAUCUACAAUUUAUUUAAUUGCUUUCAGAAUCUAAAAAUCCUAUUAUAAAUGAUAUAUAUUAUGCUGAAUUAUAGCAGCUUGUUUAAAAUCAAAGUAAUUAAAAAGUAACUCAAGCCAAAGAUAAGUUUAUAGGCACUAAGUUUAGGAAAUAAAUAAAUUAAUUAAUGUCAGAACUAAGAUAAAGUGAUGUACAUUUUAUUAGGUGUGUAAAACCUAACGAGAGUAAAUAACCCAAUCAAUUUAAUGAUGAUAUCAUAUUAAACUAGCUAAGAUAUUUAGGUGUUCUAGAUACUAUCAAGAUAAGGAAAGAAGGUUUUCCUGUAAGAAAAGAAUACAAAGACUACUUCAGAAAAUUCGGAGAAAUUAUGGAUUUAAAUGCAACAUUCACAGAACUUGAUAAAUAAAAAGCUGAUUUUAGAAAAUAUGUAGUAAAUGCAGAAUUAUGGAAAAACAGUUUCUAACCAAAAGAUAAUAAGAAAUAAGUAGUGUUUGGAAAAACUAAGAUAUGUUUCAGGAGCGAAGCUUACGAUUAACUAGAAUUAAUUUAUUAAGAAAAAAUUAAGAAAAAAACUGAGGCCACAAUAUAGAUUCAAAGGAUAGCAAGAGGUUUCUUGGCAAGAAAAUAAACAAAAAUAGUUAGAAAUAAACUUUUACUGAUAAAUAGGUGGCUGAAAUCUAGGUUGAUUCGUAUAUAGUUUCUUAAAAAGAAGAAAGCUGUAGACAGAAUUAAAAAAUUUUAUAAGUAAGUAUUAUUUAAAAAGAUAAGAAAGAUGGCUAUGGUGAUCUAACUCUAUAUGAAGAGAUAAUUGCACCUUAGAAAUUACUAAAAUAGUAUUAAAUAGAUCAUAACCACUCAAAGAUAUAUAAAAAAAUAAGUUUAAGUGUGGAAAUAAAGAAGAUACGUAAACUUCAAAAGAACUAUUGUGCUGAAUUCUCUAAGCUAGGCUUGGUACAAAAUCACAAAUAGAAAUGCUACUAUGAUUUAAAAAAUAAUCAAAGGUUAUUUAGUGAGAAAUGUUUUUCAUGCUGAUAAAAUUAAACAUACUAAAAUUCACAUGGUUAGAUGGCACUAAAAUAAAGCUGCUACCAAAAUUUAAAAAAUUAUUAGAGGAGUUUAGGGCAGAAAAUACGCAAAACAUAGAAUGAACUGCAUAUUGUUUAUACAGAGACACUAUAGGAUAAAAUGGUUAAACGAAUUUAAGUAAAAGCUAGAGAAUGCAGCCAUCAGCCUAUAAAAAAUUUACAGAUAAAAAUCUGAGAAUUCCAAAAAUUAAAGAAGCUAUUUUUUAAAUGAAGACUUAGCUUUAUAAAAUAUACAAAUUUCAGAGUAAACUGCUAUGAUUACUUCCAAAAUGUAAUUACUCGAUUAGUCAAGAAAAGAUUGCACUCUCAUUUCAAAUUUAGACUCCAAAGAAGCUCGAAUAAAUAGAGACCAUCUAACUCCAGCAGACAAAAAAAUUUCAUUUUUCCUUUUUGUGUUAGAUUACGAGAUCCUCACAGAUACAAGCGAAAUUUAUGAUCCAUUAUGGAAUAAGUAAUUUUCUUACCUAUAAAAAGAAAUGCUUUAAACAAGCCACGACAUUACUCAUAUUUAAGUUGGUGACACGCAUAGCAUUGCAAGCUCAACAAAUGGUAAAAUUUAUGGAUGGGGAUGGAAUGAUUUGUGCUAAAUUGGUAUUGAUUCAAAUGAGGGUUAUUUUUGUACUAAAAAGCCUAUUCCUAUACCUUGGAUUGAAGAAAUAACAAGACCAAAAGCAUUUAGUGUGGGAAGCAAUCAUACUUUUGUUUUGGAUGUAGAUAAUAAUUUAUAUGUCUAAGGAAAGAAUAACUUAGGUUAAUUAGGAUUAGGUCAUAAUGAUAUAGUGCAUGAUCCUGAGAGACUAGAUCUAAAUAUCAAACCAGAUGAUAGAAUUAAAAUUAUUAAAUCUAGAUACGAAUAGUCUGUAGUAGUUACAGAAAAAGGAGUUGUCUUUAUUUGGCCAUUUUAACUUUAAAACAAUAAUUGGAUAAAUGAGCCGUUUGAACUAGCUUUCCCUUCAUCUAAAGUCCUAAUAUCCUAAGUCUCUUGUGGUUUAAAGUUUUCUAUAUUUUUAUCAAAUAAUGGUGUCCUAUAUUCAAUGGGAUCAAACGAAUAAGGCGAGCUUGGUUUGGGAGAUUGUAUAGAUAGAAAUAUUCCUUGCUAGAUUGAGUCAUUGAAAAACUCAGCAGAAAAAAUUUAAUAAGUUGAAUGUGGGUAGAAACACACGAUUUGCAAAUCAGGACUGAAUAAAAUAUAUACUUGGGGAUUCGGUGCAAAAGGAUAGCUAGGUCAUGAAAAUAAAUAAAACGAAUAUUAUCCUAGAUAAGUUAAUCUUAGUGCUAAUUACAGCAAGCAGAAAAUAAUGCAAGUAUAAGCAGGUCAAAAGAGUAGUUUAGUUUUAUUCGAUAACAAAAAAAUAUUGUGGUGGGGAACUAAUAAUCACUUGAAAUAUUAAAGUUCACCUGUUGAAGUUGACUUGUCAUAAAUCCACAAAACUAUGAAUAGUUAAGAUUUUUAUCCUGUUAGAAUAGAAACAACAUGGAGUAAAUCUGUAUCGCUCACUUAUAUUAGAAUGGCAGAUACACGAACAUUUGAUUAGGGAAUUUAAUUUAAACAAAAGCUAAUAAAUACUCUUAUUCAAAAAUGGCAAGAGUCUUAUCUAAAUACAAUGGAUGUUCCUUUUUUCGAUACCAUUUCGAAAAAUAUUUCAAAUCGCCAUGUCCUCAAACAUUUUUCAGCAUAUAAAAGAGUAGGCCCUAAAUACCCUAAAUAAAAGGCAGAAAAAUAUUAUGUCUUAUAAAACUCAAGUCCUAUCAAAAAAUAGGAUGAAUUUUUUGAAGAAAAUACAUAAGGCAGCAGAUUUUAAAAUUCUUCUGUCAUAACAUAAUCGUCUCCAGGCAAACCUUUUAAAGAUGUCUUUUAAAAUUUUAUAGAAAACUCUGCAAAAAAAGAAAAUAAGAUUUUAAAAAGCUAAAAUUAAUAAGAAGGGGGUUUAGAUGAAUUUGUUUCUCCUGUUGCAAAAUUGCAGGGGAAAGAAGAAGAAAAUUUACUUGAUACUAUGAAAGUCUCACCAAACAGUCUAUUUGAGAAAUACAAAAAUGAAAAUAAAAACCAAUAGAAAGUCUCUUAAUUUGAAAUUAAUAUUCAUAAAGUACCUUCAAUGGGCCCUAAUUAGAAUAUGCUUUAAAAAAUGAAAACUUUAUAGCCAACUAAGCUCUAGCCUCCGAUGUUUGGAAUAGUGAAGUAGGUAAGUAGCAACCUACCAGCAAAUAGAGGAUCAAUAGAUUCAGAAUCAUCUCAAAUUACUUCUUCUAGAUCAAAAUCAAAGGAAAAACCAAAGCAAAACGUUAAAUUUAGUGAUAACUAAUUCUAAAAAAGUUCAUUUUCAUCUAAUAACAGAGAUGGACCUAAUUAAGAUUAAAAUGAGUAAAGGUAAUUUGCUACAAAAUAUAAUAUUCCCACCUCAGAAUAAGGAAUGCUUUCAUCUAAAGUUAUAUAUGCCUAAAAUCAAUAUGCAAAUAACUAGGAAUCUAUAGCUCCCUAAAGAGAUUCUUCUCAGAAUCAAAACUAUAGAAAAGAGAAUAGAGUAUUGGAAAAAACAUAUUCAAAAUAAAAUAUGUAAAGCAUAAAAGAAUUGAAAUUUAACAAUGUAACUAAAGAUCAAGUGAAAUACCCAUUUAUAAAUGAUGAAAAAUAUGAAAAUAAAACUUCUGAAAAUGACGAAUUUAUCAACUCACUGCACUAAAAGCUAGCUGGUAUAAAAUCCAGAAUGCAAACUCUAACACGAAUUCCAAAAGAAGAAUGGACACUGGAUGAUCAUUAAUUUAUGAGUGAAGUCUCUAAUUCAAAAAUGAUAGAGUUUUUCAAGAGUAUAAGCUGA